GAAGAAAGUGUCCCAUGAAGAUUAUUUUUAAAAGCAUUUCUAUUUAUAAAUUACUGAAGAUUUUCAUAUAAUAACGUAACACUUUAUCUGAGGCACUUUAAAGUGUCGUGUUUAUAUUGCAAAAACAUAGUACGCGUAAAAAAACGUGUCUUUAUUUGUUUACGCGCGGUUUCAGACCGCUUUUUUAAACAUUUGUGGCGUGAAAGUGCUAAUUAUUACAAAUAAACUAAAAACCAUUGAAGUUUUAUUCAUAGAACACGAUGUCUUCCGCGGUAGGACAUUCACGACUGAUGUAGAUAAGAUCGUGAAAAAUAUAAUCUUUAUUUUGAUUUCUGAUUAGACGAUAUGGACGUGUUAAUUUUUUGUGAAAGAACACUGUGUAUAUUCUAUUUAGGAUAAUUUUGAUAUUUAUCGUGUUAUAGAAGUGAAUUGUUUAUUUAAAUAUACAAAAUGCCUGGGAAAAUUAAAGUAAAAGUUCUCGCUGGACGCAACUUACCAGUGAUGGAUCGGGCUAGUGAUACGACGGAUGCGUUUGUGGAAGUCAAAUUCGGAGGAGUGACCCACAAGACCGAUGUCUGUAGGAAGUCAUUGAACCCACAUUGGAAUAGUACAGAGUGGUACAGAUUUGAGGUGGACGAAUCCGAAUUACAAGACGAGCCUCUACAAUUGAGGCUUAUGGACCAUGACACAUAUUCAGCUAACGACGCGAUAGGCAAGGUUGUGAUCAGCCUCGCGCCCUUGCUCGCUAGAGAAGCUAAUAACGCUAAGGGAACAGGAGGACCUCCUGGUGGCGCGGUGAUGUCAGGCUGGAUCCCCGUGUUUGACACGAUGCACGGCAUACGGGGGGAAUUAAACGUCAUCGUCAAAGUUGAAUUGUUCUCAGAUUUCAACAAAUAUAAGACGUCAAGUUGUGGUGUACAAUUCUUUCACUGUCCAAUGAUCCCACCGGGAUAUCGCGCGACAGCAAUCCAUGGCUUCGUAGAAGAGCUAAUAGUCAAUGACGACCCGGAGUACCAAUGGAUAGAUAAGAUCCGCACCCCGCGGGCAUCCAAUGAGGCCCGACAGGUCGCAUUCAUUAAGCUUAGCAAUCAAGUACAACGUCUGGUUGGUCUGAAAGCAGCCGAGCUGGGCGCUAACGCCGUGGUGGGGUACCAACAGGACUUCGAUUUAGAAGGAGAGGCGGGCGUCGUCGCUAGAGCUAUCGGAACCGCCGUCAGUAUAACUCCACUGCCAACACCGAGCCAUCACAUUAAUAUUCCACCUUGUUCACAGCAGCAGCUAAUGAAAUAUUUGGAUAUUUUGGCGACGGACGAUGAAAGCGUGACAGAUUUGGCAGAGUAUUACCAGAACCAUCAGGAUGAACUGCUAAAACUUGUAAACAUCCUAAAUCCUAAAGCUCCGUAUCUUCUAGAUGACCCUGAUACUAUUGAUGAGGAUGAUAAAAGCAUAGAACUGACAAAGGAAUCUAAUGCCAAGAAUUACGUAGGUGAUCGUUCUAUUUACCAAGAAGACUAUGUCUCUCGACAGAGUUUGAGACAUCUCUCCGAAGACCAAACCGAUUUGAAUCGCUUGUUAAACAAAGCUAGCGAUUAUGAUUCCGAUAGUUCGGGACCGUUACAAAAGAUAAAAAAGAUUAAAACCAGCUUCUUUACUAAAAGAUUCUCAGGACCAAGAUCGCGUAAAACUGAAAAACAAGACGACCAAGUAUCGAUAAAAUCAAAUUCUUCAGACAAUUCACGUAUAUCUUUAACUGAUAUAAAGAAAGAGCUUAAAAAGUUAAAAAAAUUGAAGAAACCGAAGAUUCGUAAGGUGCUUAAUACAGAAGAAGAAGGUAUAGGUAUGGCAUCUAUACUGGCCAGGUCAGUAAUCCACGCUCAGACUAGUCUGGCUUGUAUCGCAGAGUCUCACGACUCGGAACAUUCCCCGGCUUCUACGAUGAGGCAGACGAGUGAAUCAGAACCCACUUUGAAUGUAUCUGAUGAUGAAAAAGUUCGGGGCGAUUCAACUCAUGCCCCUGCUGAUGAAGCCGAGAAGGAUAAAAGAAUUAUACCAGAAAUAUUUUGCUCGUCUCUCGAUAAUAUCAAAAGUGUAGAAAGCGAAACCAAAGAGGGUGAUACAAAACAAAGGAAGCUAUCUGAAUCCUGCCCGACCACACCUGUAGUGGUUAGAAAUGAUAAUCUCCUAAAGUUGCCUGGCGAAGGAAACUUUUACGGUUCAAUAUCGUCUGCAUUAUCCGUUGGCAGUUCUGAGUACACUAGCUCGGAAGAAGAUGAUGAAAGUUUUGGAUUAAAAGACUCAAAUAGAACAAUCGAGACUACAAGCUCUGUGGUACAAUCGGUUUUAAGUCAUGAUGCUAAUCCAGAUUUUAUUGCCCAAAUGGAAAGAAAACUAACAUCACUUGAAGAAAAAAAACAUAACUUAUGCGAUGAAAAUACUGAUCAAGAUAAUAUUGAAAAUAAAUUCGAAAGCGACGUGUUAAAAAAUAAUGUUCAAGGGGAAAAAUGUAAGACGGUAAAAAUAGAAAAAGAUGUUAGUAAUGGAAAUAUCCCAAGCACUUCGAAAGCGGACUCUCAUAAGGAUAACAAGUGCGUACCCAUUAAUACCAUCAAAAUGACCAAUCCUUUUUCUCACAAGAAAGCUUCUAAGAGCAUUAGCGCACCUUCCUCUCCCGUAGAUAAAAAAGGCUUUGUAUACCGCUCAUCAAAACGUAUUAAGCGUCAAAUUUCUAAGCUCACUAAGAGUACUAUGAUCAAAAGCUUGUCUCAUUACACCCUUAGACCAAAGAAAAAACACGAGACCCCCAAAACUGCCAUGAGCCAGCCAGGUUCUGCCUCCGACGUCACUUCUAAAGCUCCCAGUGAAACCGUUUUAGGUUCCCCUUUCCUCUCUUAUUCUGAUUUGUUGACUCUCGAUAAAGAAGGAUUCGAAUUGAAUCGUCUUCACAAGAGUGACGAAACGGGCAUCGCUAAAGUUUCCAUGUAUAUAGGAUCCGAACCGGUUUCACGGAUGUCCUUUAGCGGUCCCUCGGGAUGUCACAGUAAAAGCCAUAGCUUCCGCGAGCAGCGGUCACGGAAAAAAGAAAUAUCUUCAAUUAGACCCGCCGGUUUGGUUCAGACCGCGAUGGAAACUAUCUUGAUCGAUAGAGUGCAAUCCUUAUUAAUACCGACAUCACCCGAUCCGGUCAAAAAUAAUGAUAAGAAAUUUUUUGAUGACGUUAAUGAAAAAUUGGAACAAGUCGAGGUGUCCAGAAAGAAAGAGGAACAAAGUAAAUAUCAGACGAACGAUAUAAAGAAACAAGAUAGCGCGAAAGAUAAAAAGAAACUUGUUCGACAGGACAGUGUCUGUUCUACUGCAUCGGUUACAGAGUCGUCCAAAGUAUCCAAACCCUUAGACCCUAACCACAUCAUUCCAUGCAAGUUAACAAGUGCACCGGUGUUGCAACACUUUCAUCCCAUACUUAGCGGCGGUCAACUAGAGAGCAUACCAUCGCUGCCGGAGACCAGCUUGGAUCGCACUGAGAGUUUAGACGUAGAAGGGGUAGAAUUAGGGGCGACUAACAGUGCUAGUGCGUGUGACUUGCAUGCAGCGUGCCGUGUUGACAGGAGCGAGCGCGACAGGGGGGACAAGGAGAGGGGGUCGCCGCGACAUGCGCGACACGAGUCGUAUGGUGGCCGCGACGCCGCGCCCCCUGCCCCCGCCCCCGCCCCCGCCCCCACACCCGCCACUCCUGCGCAGAACGUCUCAGUACACUCCACCUCCAUACCAGUCGGUAUACAUAGGAGGUCGUCGGAUUCUGAUCUUAGCAUCACACCGAAAGGUAGUUCUCUGAACGCGUCUGGCGGGAACGCGGGUGGCGGGGGCGCCAUCUUGCGACCCUCCAUGAACAGCAACAACCUGGACAUGUUAGAAUAUCCAUUCCUCACCAUGACAGAAUAUCCGCCUGGCUUCAUAGUACACAUAGGGGGCACCGUGUGCGCGCGCUCAGUGAAGCUGGUGGACGGGGGCGGGGAGAGCGCGUCGCGCGCAGCUUGGUGGGCGGAGCUGCGCACUGAGCUGCGUGCGCAUGCGCGUGCGCUGCGCUGUACUGCUGUACUCGCUUACUGCGAGAAGGCGGCUGUCAGGGAAGAUGUAUGCGUGUUGUCCGCUUCGGGUACUGCGGCUGUUAUCAACUUAGACUGCGAGUUUGUUAGUGACGAACAUCCUGUAACAGUGGGUGGUGUGAGUGGUGUGAGUGGUGUGGGCAACAAGAAGGUGAUAGAGGAGACAGAGGUGGAGAGCUGCAGCUGUAGCGCGGCGCACGUCCCCUACUCUGCAGGGGGGGGCCCGUACCGCGCGGAGCUGGCGGCGUGUGGGGGGUGCAGGCGUGCCCGUGUGCCCUCAGUACUGCUCGCCACCUGCGCCAAGCCUGCCGCCCUGGCUGCGUACCCCACUGCACUUACACUCACUGCCGUCGCGGCUCGUGUACGGAGAGCCCCGCCCGCCUCAGAGCCUGGCGCAAGAGACAUCUCCGACCAGCUUCCCUUCCUAGAGUACGAGCUGCACAAGCUGCUGCUGGCCAAACUACGGAUGCAGGGCGCGAACGCGAUCUUCUCUCUGCAGACUCAGAUCGCUAUCGGCGAGCGCUGCGUCAUGGCGCUGGCCAGCGGCACCGCCGUGCGCCUCGCCGCCCUCCCGCCCCCCACACCGCCCACCAUCAAGGCGUCAGAGAACGACAAGAACGCAUUAGAGAUCCAGCGCGCACUUUGGGAUACUUUCCAAGCUAACCGCACUGCUAAUGGAUACGAUCUAGGUCCUCCAGAACAAGGCUUCAAUGGUGCUGUGGCAGAGUCAGAAGAUCUGCCUGCCUUAGAACUGAGUGCAGACAAAGAUGCCUGUGUGUUAGAACUCGAUGAAGCGGAAGAUGUGGAGACAGCCAAGUUACUAGCGGUGCGGCACACCACAAUGCAGGUGUACACGCCCGGCCUUCGCCCCGCCCCUGGAGCUCCGCCCCACGCCUUCAUGCAGGUGUGGCGAGCGCGACUGGGGGCAUGUGGUGGAGGGGAGAGGCUGGCGGGGCGGGCGCUGUCCGGUGCCGCGUACAAGCUGCGCCGUCUACAGCCUGCCGCCCUCGCCCCGCCCACCUUCCACCUCGACCUGCCCGAGGAUGAGAUUCAGUUAGUAGUAGCUGGUACAGCUAUACCUCUGGCUGGGGCGGGGGCGGGGGCUGCAGCAGGGCGGGCGGAGCACAACGGUUCGCAGGGCUCCGCCCCCGAUACAGAUGAUGACAUCUUCGCACUGGAUGAAGAGCAGCUCGUCAAACCCGUCACUGAACUCACCGAUGAGAAGCUCAAUGCGGGACAGUCUCCAGUGCGCGUGUCUCUGUCGACACUGUGCGGUGUGGGCGGGGCGGGGGCGGGGGCGGGGGCGGGGGCGAGGCGGCUGUGCGCUCUGCGGCUGCUGUUCGUGCGGGAGACCACCGCUGUGCGGGAGCUGGGCGGACUCAGCGGCUUCAUGCACACGUUCGCAUGCGAGGUUUUGGCAAUCGUACGCGCGUACACUGCAGCGUUAGGUGGUAACGCUCUCACCUCCUUCUACAUCACACAGCUGAUGCUGCAAGACAACGCGCAUAAGAACCAGGGUCAAUGUCUACUCUCUGUAGGAGGAGAUGUUGUGCAUGUCACAAAUUAGUAUAAUUAAUGCCACAUAUCUUAAUAAUAAUUAUAGGUUUAUGACACAUUGGUACGGUUUUUGUCCGGAUUUAUGGUAUUGGUACCAAUUUACCAUUUAUGUACCUUAAAUGAAAUGUAUGGAAUUUAUAUAUCUUUAAUGUAAGU